AUCUAAGCUCUUUGGAGUCGUUCAUGUAUAUUAUCCACUGUGUUUUAAACUCACUUCUGUCGUCUAGCUAGUUAUCCCAUUUAAUUUCAUAUGUGCUUUGUUGUUAUUAGUCAGCUAUAGUAGCUGGCUGGUUACGUUAGCAUUAGCCUAGCUAGCUAACAUUUCCGACCAUGAGUUCACUGAGCUACUCUCCUCCUGAUAAAGAAGAGGAGGUCUGCUGGACGGAGAAAGAGGGUCUGUGGCUGAAUGUUGUCGUAAAAGAGGAGAAGGAAGAGGAGGAUGUCACAGUAACAAAAGUAGAGGAUGAGGAUGUUGCAGUGAAAGAAGAGAAAGAGGAGGAUCCCGUUUUUGGAGUGAAGGAGGAGGGAGAGAUAACUGUCAUAUUGGAAGAAGAAGAGGAGGAUACUGGACAUCUGAUUAACCCCAGAGAGAGACGUAACUAUUGUGGAUCCUCUAGAGAGCCUCAACAACAUCAUGAAGCAGAGAAGAGACUCUCCACAUCAGAACACCUCAAGAAUCCCCAACGGAAACCCACAGGGAAGAAACUUCAUCGCUGCUCUGACUGUGGGAAGAGUUACUCCAGAUCAGAUUCACUUAAAGUACACCAGAAAAUUCACACUGGCGAUAAAUCUCACCGCUGCCCUGACUGUGGGAAGAGUUACUCCAGAUCAGAUUCCCUCAAAGUACACCAGAGAAUACACACGGCAGAGAAAACGUAUAGCUGUGAUCAAUGUGGGAAGAGUUUUACUUCACCUAGCCAGCUGACUAUACACCAGAGAACACACACAGGAGAGAAGCCUUUCCGCUGCUCUGACUGUGGGAAGAGUUUUGUUAUCGCAGGAAAUUUAAAAUCACACCAGAGAACACACACAGGAGAGAAGCCUUAUAACUGUAAUCAAUGUGGGAAGAAUUUUGCUUACUCAAGCAGCCUGAUAGCACAUUUAAAAACACACACAUGAGAGAAUCUACUGCGUUGACUGUGGGGGAGACCUUUUCAAAAUCAUCUACAUUACAAUCACACCAGAGAAUUCACACGGGACAGAAAUCUUAUAGUAUUUUAAUGAUGUCACAAUGUAGAAUGUUGUAACAUUAUAGUAGGAGUAUCUUAAUGAUGUCACAAUGUAGAAUGUUGUAACAUUAUAGUAGGAGUAUCUUAAUGAUGUCACAAUGUAGAAUCCUAAACGUUUGCCCCCCUGUUCUAUUGAUUUCAGCAUAAUAUGGAUAUUAGGGGAAAAAUCCAGGCUCUGAAUUGAUAGAGUUCUAUUUAUGUGAUUUAACAGAAAGUGACUAACAAAAGAAAGAGUUGCGUUACACUUACCAUGUUACGUUGGUGACCCACUUGAAUCAAAAUGCAACACUUCAAAAUGUAGCUAGCUGUUUUCUACAAAUUGUCCUCUAACUAAUGAUGUACACAUUAUUCCCAGAUUCUGUGUGAUAUUUGAUUUGAGUGAUGCCAAGUAAGUGUUGCAUUUCUCUUCGUUCUGGGGACUCCUAAAUUUAAAUGCAUCACUCCAAAAUGUAGCUGACGGUCUUCUGCAGGUUGUCCUCUAACCAGUGAGGUAAAAGAUAUCUCCCAUUUCCAUGUGUUUUUUUUAGUUGUGUUCGUUUCAACAGCAACCUACAACCUGAUUUUUAUCCGAUCGAUGUCCGUAAUUUAUUGCCACU